AUGGACCAAUCCAAACCCACCAACACCGACAAGAGGAAACGGGCACACGAUGACUCCGACUCGCUCUCCACCUCGUUUAAACUUCCCCGAGUUGAGAGAAGCUCCUCCGAGUCUCACCGAGUUGACUCGGGCGAGUUUGAACUCGCCCGAGUCGACCCGGACUUUCUCAGCAUGUUAAACGAUGCCGAGAAUGUCACCGAGCGUGGCUCCAGCGUGGAGGUAGAAGAUCUUGACUCUUUCAUCAAGAGUUUUGAAGAGGAAAUACUCGCUCCGGCUUCGAACCCGAACCUACCACCCGAGCCGGAGGUCUUUAAACCGAACCUUGGUUACUUACUGGAAGCAUCCGACGACGAGCUUGGGUUGCCGCCGACGGUGGCGCUGUGCGAGGAGGAGUUUAAACCCGGGACAGUUGAAUCGGGUCGGGUUGGACCUGAGGGAGUGGAUCUGACGGGAUUUUUAGGGUUUGAGGAUGAUAUUGGGAGCUACGAAGGUUUUGGUUUGGUUGGGUACAAUGAUGUGGAUGAUAACGGUGGCGGUUACGUGACGAUAGAUGGGUUGUUUGAUCAUGCUGAGCCUGGCGCCGAUAUUUUGUGGCGGUCGGAAUCAUUGCAGGCGAUGUAA